AGCUCUUUUUCUACCUGGAAGAGGGCAUAGGAAGAAAGCAAAUCCAACAAAGGCUAGGCUGUCACCCACGGUCACCAAGGAGCACCACUCCCCUCAACCCACGACAAUCCGUCCUUUCCAGGCCCAGCGCAGAGCCUGGGGGUGCCACCCGGGGGAGCCUGAGGACCCGUUCCAGCUGAGCAAGCCAGGCUCCGCCCUUUGAAGACACGCCCCACACCAGCCACUGAGCUCUGAGGCCCUGAGCUGAGCUUCCCUUCAGACCGGCAUUCCGCCCCGUCCAGGCUUUGAGAAAGGAGUAGGAGCCGAGCUUUCCUGCAGAGGAAGAAAAACGGCCUGUCUUUCGUGGUCCGACCUCUGGAAAUGAGUGUAUGAUGUGAUGCGUGUGUUGGCUAGAGAACUAGGCUCUGUCCUAGCAGCAGCAGGGGAGUAGUGGUUGGUGUUCUGUGUCUGGGUCAGUCCUGAGGGUCUGAGUCUUGAAGGGUGGGAUGCAAGUGUGGAACCUGGUGCCAACCCCCACGGCCACUCUGUCCUGAGUGAAAGCAGCAGCCCAAGAUGGUCAGGAAAGUUUCCCACCCUUAGUCCCAGCCCUGAGAGCCUCAGGCCAACGUUAGCGCAAUACUUCAUGUCCCAGAGACCGUGGUCUGAUGACAGAGGCAGAAUCUUCCCAUCCCAGCGUCAAGAGGCUGCGGGUCGAGGUCGCCUGUGUGUUAGCUGCGUCUGUGGGGGUCUGCUCUGCUGUUGUGCGCAUGUCUGUCUUUGGUCUGCGAGACGGGCUGUUUUGUGUCUGGGCGGAGUCUGCCUUUGUCAGUCUGUCUGUGCUAUUUGCGUGUGGGGGUCUCUACCUGGGGUGGGGGAUGCUUUUGUCUGAAAGGAGAGUCUGGCUCUUGCCGCAGUCCUUAAGCAUCCCCAGGUCUGCCACAGGAUGGUCCCAAGUCUGUAGAACCCACCUCUCCUCUCCACCCCAAAGUGCCAGCAGGAAUGGGAUGGCAACAGAAAGGGAAGUCCUGCAGUGGGCAUUGAACCGAGUUACUGUUUCUUAUUAUUAUUUUGAAAGAUGGUGUAGUAGGGUUUGAGACUGGCCUGGAUUGGGGGGAGGCGGGCAGAAAGCAGAGACUUCCUCGGACCCAACCCUCUCCAGGACUCUGAGCCCCAGCACUUUGGCUGGCAUAAUGGGGUUGGGGAAGUGCGGUGACUGGGGAAGGCUGAGCUAUGAGCAGGGGGCAUGUGCCAGGCAGUGUUCUGUGCCCCCUUCUAGAGCCUAAAUUUGUUGCCCUACCUCCUCCGGAAGCUCUCCGAGUAGAUUCUGGAGGCCUGGAGCUGGGAUCGCUGGGCGGGGAGUGGGGAAGGGAUGGGGGACUGAGGACCGAGAAGAAGAGAGAAGAAGGGGGGUGUUGGGGGCGGGAGGAAAUGGGAGAGAGGAGAGGGAGGAGGAACAAGAGGAAGGAGAGAAGUGCGGCCAGCUUGCUUUCUCCAGUCGGGUGACCGCGGGGACCCAGGCGACGUCGGAGGCUCUGCGGGGAACCCAGGCGGCAGCCCCCACCCCUGCGCUGCUGACACGCCCCGCACCCCUUCCGGCUCACACCCCCACCCAUAGUCCUGAGCGGUUCGGUGCAGCGUCGGCGGAGGCAGCAGAGCCGAGGAGAGCAGGUCUACACCUCUGCAUCCCUGGACCAGGACUCACUAAGAUGCCCAUCCUGGAAAAGGUCCCCCAUAAGAUGGCAGCAAAAACUCCCAGCAGUGAGGAGUCUGGGCUGCCCAAACUGCCUGUGCCCCCCCUGCAGCAAACUCUGGACACGUACCUGCAGUGCAUGCAGCACCUGGUGCCCGAGGAGCAGUUUAGGAAGAGCCAGGCCAUUGUACAGCGGUUUGGGGCCCCUGGUGGCCUCGGUGAGACCCUGCAGCAGAAACUCUUGGAGCGUCAGGAGAAGACAGCCAACUGGGUGUCUGAGUACUGGCUGAAUGACAUGUAUCUCAACAACCGCCUGGCCCUGCCUGUCAACUCCAGCCCUGCCGUGAUCUUUGCUCGGCAGCACUUCCCUGGCACCGAUGAUCAGCUGAGGUUUGCAGCCAGCCUCAUCUCUGGUGUACUCAGCUACAAGGCCCUGCUGGACAGCCAUUCCAUUCCCACUGACUGUGCCAAAGGGCAGCUGUCAGGGCAGCCCCUUUGUAUGAGGCAAUACUAUGGGCUUUUCUCCUCCUACCGGCUCCCCGGCCAUACCCAGGACACGCUGGUGGCCCAGAACAGCAGCAUCAUGCCAGAGCCCGAGCACGUCAUCGUGGCCUGCUGCAACCAGUUCUUUGUCUUGGAUGUUGUCAUUAAUUUCCGCCGUCUCAGUGAGGGGGAUCUGUUCACUCAGUUGAGAAAGAUAGUCAAAAUGGCUUCCAACGAGGAUGAGCGCUUGCCUCCAAUUGGCCUGCUGACAUCUGACGGGAGAAGCGAGUGGGCCGAGGCCAGGACAGUCCUCGUGAAAGACUCCACCAAUCGGGACUCGCUGGACAUGAUCGAACGCUGCAUCUGCCUUGUGUGCCUGGAUGCACCAGGAGGCGUGGAGCUCAGUGACACCCACAGGGCACUCCAGCUCCUUCACGGCGGAGGCUGCAGCAAGAACGGCGCCAACCGCUGGUAUGACAAGUCCCUGCAGUUCGUGGUGGGCCGAGACGGCACCUGCGGUGUGGUGUGCGAACACUCCCCAUUCGACGGCAUCGUCCUGGUGCAGUGCACUGAGCAUCUGCUCAAGCACAUGACACAGAGCAGCAGGAAGCUGGUUCGUGCAGACUCAGUCAGCGAGCUCCCUGCCCCCCGGAGGCUGCGGUGGAAAUGCUCCCCGGAAAUUCAAGGCCACUUAGCCUCCUCUGCGGAAAAACUUCAACGAAUAGUAAAGAACCUUGACUUCAUUGUCUAUAAGUUUGACAACUAUGGGAAAACAUUCAUUAAGAAGCAGAAAUGCAGUCCUGAUGCCUUCAUCCAGGUGGCCCUCCAGCUGGCCUUCUACAGGCUCCACCGAAGACUGGUGCCCACCUACGAGAGCGCAUCCAUCCGGCGAUUCCAGGAGGGACGGGUGGACAACAUCAGAUCAGCCACUCCGGAGGCACUGGCUUUUGUGAGAGCCAUGACUGACCACAAGGCUGCUGUGCUGGCUUCUGAGAAGCUUCUGCUCCUGAAGGAUGCCAUCCGUGCCCAGACUGCGUACACAGUCAUGGCUAUAACAGGCAUGGCCAUUGACAACCACCUGCUGGCACUGCGGGAGCUGGCCCGGGACACAUGCAAGGAGCUGCCUGAGAUGUUCACGGAUGAAACCUACCUGAUGAGCAACCGGUUUGUCCUCUCCACCAGCCAGGUGCCCACCACCAUGGAGAUGUUCUGCUGCUAUGGUCCUGUGGUCCCAAAUGGGUACGGUGCCUGCUACAACCCCCAGCCAGAGGCCAUCCUUUUCUGCAUCUCCAGCUUUCACAGCUGCAAAGAGACAUCUUCUAGCAAGUUUGCAAAAGCUGUGGAAGAAAGCUUCAUUGACAUGAGAGACCUCUGCAGUCUGCCGCUGCCUGCCGAGAGCAAGCCACUGGCAACAAAGGAAAAAGCCACGAGGCCCAGCAAGGGACACCAACCUUAACUCUUACCACUAGGCUUCACCUCCUGGACCCAGCCUCUAGAGCAGUCAGACCCUGCCAAUCCCCGCUCCCAUCCCUCACCCCAGCUUUCUGCAGCUCCCUAUCCUCAGGAUCCAACCCACAGACCACACAGAGACAUCACACAGAGCCGGAGUGUCGGGAGGAAAGGGUCCCCUCUUUAUGCACGGGAAUGGUCAUUUUCAAGGUACCUUUGAGCCUGCGCACUGGGAAAUGGGAACAGCCUGUCCAGGAGGUAGCGUGGAUGCACUGGGGAGCUAUACUGAGGACUCUUGUGGUCCUUGGAAACUUAGUGUUCAUGUCUCCUUCCCCAGCAGAGCCUAGUGUGUCCAGGUGAUGCUUCUGCCCAACGAAAGAAUGAGUCACCCUAUUACAUGCAAUGUACCUAAAUGAGCUAGGAAGAAAAAGGCUAACUCCAGGUCAUUACGUCUUUUCUUUUUGCAGGGAGAGGAGGAGGCUUUGUUUUGAGAUUCAGAGCAUUCCAAUCAUGGCAUUCUUGGUGCCUCCACUGAGCCAUACAGUUCUGCAAGCACCUGCUCCUCCUACACACACCAUAGAGCCCAAGUCCAUUUAAAAUAUAUUGACUUGGGCUCACAAACACAUUUCCGCUUUCGCUCCCAGGGGCAGCCUUCUGGUGAGCUCAGAAAAUAAUGUCCAGCUAUUCUGAAAGGAAAAAAAACUUAUCUGUGACUGCCCUGGAGUUGCUGCCACUCUCUGCUCAGCAGGUAGCAUCAGAGCCAGUCCAAGAGGAGUAGACUGCACAGCCCCAAGCAGAUGGUGCCUGGUGCGGGUGGGUUUGUGGAGGACUCAGCCCCUUCCCGGGGUGCUGCCAUUUACAUUUUUUCUGCAUCUUUUCCCCUCUCCUCCCCAUUGUACAUGCUCCAAUAGGUGGAGAAGAGAGAUGGUUACUUUGGGAUUUUCUGUUUGUGUUGUUUUAAGACAGAUAUUUUUAAGAAAACCACCCUGAAAUUAAUUUCAGAAAAUCGUAGUGAUUCAAGCAGGACCCUUAGGCAGAUGGGCUCCUUUAUUUGGAGCAGACUAUCCAGGGACUCUGACAAAGACCCAUGUGGCAAAGCAUAAGCAGGGCUCUCUGCUGGCCUCAAGGUCUGAGGGGACAGCUGGCAGAGAGCGAGGCUGGGAGGAAGGCAUGGCCUCAUCCAGAACCAGCCUCAGACCCAGCUCCAGCAUGGGCGGGACAGGCAGGUCAGCAGAAGCAGACUUGAGAUGUCCCAAGAGACUGUGAUCACAGUGGAGAUGCAGGAGGAACUUCCCAUUGGAACACAUUAUUAUGGGAAGUCUAAAGGGCAGGUAAGGGAGUGAGAAAGCAACCAGAGAAAUCUACAGCAUAGAGUCCAUGUGUUCUGCUCCACAUCCCUCCAAUCCUGCUGCUUUCUGCUGAGCACUGCGCUCUAGCCCAGGGAUCUUGCAGGUGCCCCCUCUUCAGGCCACUGUGAAGGCUCUCCACACUUGGGCCUGCACUAUCACAGGCCAGCAGAGGAGGGGUAGGCAUUUGACCUUUGCUCAGCUCUUUGAAAACACAGCAGCCUCAAGAAGUGAGUUCCUUGAACCCCUGGUUUUAGAUGGAAGAUAUCUAUUAGAUGUGGGAAAUUUGGGCACUGCCCUUUGAACACACAAACUUAAGUCAUUGGUCUGUAGCUUCACACUCCUUCCCUCCCAUGGCCACCUUCCUGCUCUGCUUAGGAAGUUGCAGCACAAGGAUCCUGGGGUUUUCUAGGGAAAGGCAGCUCACCUACUGUAAGUUGGCCCAAAGCUACUUGUCUGGUCUCUCCAAAUAACCAUGGUGCAGAUCCAAGUUCUCCUCUGGUUCCUUUCCCUCCAUAGAUUUCUGGGCAGGCAGAGAGCUUCAGCUAUGGGGCCAGGCAAUCCUACCAAUCUUAGCCAAAUGACACGCAUGCCCAGAGACUCAAUUCCCUCCAUUGUCAAAUGAGAACAAGAAUGUCCCCACUUGCAAGAUUAUGAGGACUGGAGAGCAUGUGUGUCUAGGACCUUGCUGGGUCAACAAUUCAUCUGCCUUUGCCUGGGAUCUGCCAGCAGCAGUAGCCAAUAUCUAAAAGACACAGGGGCCACAAGAGAAAAGGAAGGAGAGAACUAAGUCUCUCCUAGUCUAUGGCAUGCCAUUAUGGGGUUGAGCAGGGCCAGGGAGGCUUCGUGGGGCCUACCUUUGGGAUGACUUUACCCCAGUGGGCAUUGUUUGGGUGGUUUUCUUUUAAACUCUUUACACUGAUAUGACAGACCUAAACUCAUAUCUGCUAUUCUCUGAGCACAUGGAAAGGUAACUUACUCUGUACAUUCAGAUAUCAAACUAUGCACUGUGAGGGCUAUGAGAAGCGCAAACAGUAAAUGCUCAGCAGGAGGGAACACCUCCUCCCUCUGAGGAAGAGGCUGGAAGCUGGCCUUCCCCCUCCAAGAACAGACGGGUACACUGAGUCUUUAUGCAAAGGCAACACUGAGCCAUGGCCAAGGGCAUCUCUGCGGGCAUCCUGGGAAAGGAUCCCACUCCAGGUGUCCCCAAAGAGAUGGAAAAUGAGACAGUCAUUUGGAACACUGAUGGAUAAUAAAAUGUAUGUGGCCACCUUACAAUACUGCUAAGUUGCUAAAAUAUAUAAAGUUAAUAUUUGAGUUCUAUUUUUAUAUAAUAGUUCUAGAUUUAUGGCAAUAUAUACAUGUGUAUAGCCUUUCCAUUUUAAUUUCUAGUUUUGUGCUUUGAAGAAAUAUAUGUAUGAUUAAAGAACUGUAUAUUGUAAGCAUUAUAUUCAAACUAUGUAAAGGUCGUAAGUCUAUAUUCAAUAAAAUGUAAUGCUAAGAGAGA